AUGGAAGCGUUGGAAAGGAGAGGGAAAGUGUUGGCGAUCGCUGCCAUAUUAUUCAUCGUGUUUUGGUCACAGUGUAAAAGCGUGGAAGGGUACAACACAACGAAGAAAGUGUACACGUGCCCGGCGCAGUUCAUCCGGCUCGGGCACAGCUGCUACUACUUCAGCGAGACCAAGGCAACGUGGCAGAACGCGCUCUUUGCCUGCAAGGAUCGUGAAAGCAAUCUAACAGUGCCAGCCCGGUGGGAGGACCGCAACUUAAGAAACUACCUCAAUAAACCAGGCAUUGAGAAAGUUAGUCGUUGGAUUGGCGGGAUCUAUGACUAUGCCGCGCGCGCUUGGAAGUGGGGCGGCGAGCUACGCCCCAUGCGGUACCAGUCCUUCUCCAAGAUGAAGAAACGCAAGCCAGAGGAGCUGCAAUGGAACUGCAUCGCCAUGGAGCCUGAGCUCCUCUACAGAUGGGCACCCGAAAGCUGCUACGAAAGCCGGCAGUACAUCUGCAAAACUAAACUGAAGUACCACCGGCAACGCAACCCAAUCAGCCGCGAACGAAACGACCCAAGGAGCAACGACGUAGUGACCGCCAACCCGUCGCUGAACCCGCUCAAGUCAUACGACCUGCGUCCGAGUGCGCUCCGGGCUAUGCCGAAGCCACGACGAAACAAGCGAGGACCGCUCCGGCCGAGUAGGAAGCUCACCCGACCUUUCCCUGGAUAUCAAUGGAACCGCCGUGACCCUGAGGGCUCGUUCCAACGAAACGCCGAGCUUCUGACUUCUGGCCGCACCGGUCUCAGCCCUCAACAAGUCAACGCUCACUUAGCGCGGCUGAAACAUUUACGAGACAAGCAGCUUAAGAAAAAGAAAAUACGUAACCGAGAUGAAUGGCUAGUCAACGAACCCAAACAAAACAUGGCACACACACACGCGAGGACGUACACUGUGGAUAAUAAUAUCAGCGCGUUGCAUCCAAAGACAAUAGUCGAAGAGUUCGAUAUGAUGCCGCCACCAUCGCCCAUCGAAGUACGACCAGCACGCCAAAUAAAUUACGAUUAAUUCCAUCUCGGCAUUUUUACAUGCGUUUAAUUUAGAAUGUGAAUUCUCUUUGAAAUAAUUUAAUGACUAUUUAGGUUACUUUGAGACAUGAACUGAGUGAGAGUUUAUUUUUGAAAGGCCUGUUUUAUUUUAAAAGUUCCUUGCAAGUGCACUCUUCUUAUCGCCACUUGGGACUCCGUAGUUCGGAUCUGCUAUGUACUCAGUAAGUGUUUAUAAUAAGCAGAACAUAUUAGCUUAUUUAUUUGCGUUUGUAAUGUGAUCACGUAGUCAUAGAAAUGUGUACACUUUUUGUGUUCUUCUUCUCUUGUCGUAGAGUAGACAGAACGUGACGAUUAUUCUUCAAAGAAAUAAUGAGACAUAGACUAUGCUCUAGCCAGCCACCACUUGACAUUCGUGGCUUCCUCGGAGCAUUCCACUUUUUUUAAUGCGAAAACAGAUACCUAUCCUUGUAGUAAGGAAAGGGUCAAUGAUUUCACCUACUUUGCCGCUGAUAGGGUUGGCUGGCCCAACUUUAGCUUUUUAGCUAGUCAUAGCUGGUAAAUCACAUCGACCAACAUAUAUAGAAUGUUUCAUUCGCGAAGGCGCGUGCUUCGGCUCGAAUUAUCACCCUGUUAAAGGUUAGAUUUAACAAAUUUGCGCAUCAUCGUGAAUGACACGAUCUAAUACCAUGUCUUGUGUCUCUACCAUCAGUGUCACCGAUUAAUCAUUAAGUCAUCUAUAAACCAUCUCAUUUCGAGUAUUAACUUUAUCGCUAACGUCAUGUUUCAAUUUAGGUUAAGAUAGCUUAGAUAAUCAAUAUGACACACAAACGCGACCAAAAGUAUAGUUUUGUUUUUUUAAAUAUCCUCUUAAAAAUGAAUACCACAGACUAAAACAGGCACAGUAAAUCAGAGCCAUGUUUCAAAACGUAAUAAGAAAAUGUUAAUGUCAUUUCCUUUUUAGAUUUAGGGACUAAAAUUAACUAUAUUUUUGUAUUUAUAAACAACUAGUCAGUAAGUAUGUUUAUUUUAAUGAUUUCUACAUUGUAAGUACAUUAUUAUGUCAUUAUGUUUGUUUACAAACCUGUGUAUUAAACCUACAUUCGUGUAAAAUAAAAAUAACUCUCAUUAUAUUCCACAAUAUCUUUGUCUGAUUAAUUUCUAUAUAAGUAUGUUAUUUAUAUAUCUAAUUUAUGUUAGACUUAUGUAAACUAGCAUAAAGUUACCUCUAUAACCUAAAAAGUAUUCAUUAGUUUUAAAAAACUGUGUCGUACUUUACAUUGGCAUUUCAAAUUUUCUUAGAUUUUAAAUAUUUAGGGACACUAUUAUAAUUAUAAAUCUUCGGAACAACAUUCACAGAAUCAUUUAUAUAUUAUUUUUGACGUUUCAUUAUGCGUAAAGUGACAGAUGUUUUACGCUAAAGAGGAUAUGCCACGGCCGCUUGUCCAUAUAAACGUAGUCCCCAUUUUCCUCUCUGGAUAUUGACAUUAUGGAAAAUAUUUUAACAUAUUUUGAAGUAUAUUAACCAUACCUAUGCCCCUAUGUUUGACAUUUUUCGAAUUUUUUAUUUGUGUAAAAAUUAGGAGCGAAAAACAGAUUUCAUACAAAUUUUUAAAUGCUCCUAAAAUUUAUAAUUACUAGAGAUUUAAAUGAAAUCAAACAUAGGAGCAUAGCCGUGGUUGUUAUACAACAAACUAUGUCCAAAUAUUUUAAUAAUGUUAAUCCAGAGAAGAAAAUGAGGACUACGUUUGUAUGGAAAGGCGGUUUCAUGGCGGCCACGGCCUAUCCUCUUAAAGUGAACCGUCAAUGUAAACAUCAUCAUUUGUCAACUUUAGCGAUAUCCAUAUCUGGGGGCACGGCAGUGCCCCCACCAAGUCGAGCAAAAAAGCACGGCCGUACCAUCCUUUUCUCGAUAUAUAUUACGCUUAUAUAUUUGCCCGAUAAACAUACUUUCUAACUACAUAGAAGUAAGUACUGUUUGUUGGGUACUAACUGCAUCUAGUGCACCUACUACUUAUUGUGUAAUAAAAAAACUCCUAAGUACCUACUUUUAGUAAGUAGAUAUUUAAAAAUCAAAGUAAAAUAUGGAACAUGAAAAGGAAGUUGUUUUUGUUAUGCCCAUAAAUAUAGAAUUAUCGUCAUAAUUGUAAUUUAUAAUAUAAUUAAAUGAAAUCACAGUAGUCUUGGUCUAGACUGUAGUCAUGGUUAGUGCCAAUAGUUAAAAUCCUCGCAUUUAUGUUAAGGAUAUUGUAUGUCUUCGUCGUCUACUUCUAACAAUAUAUUUAUUUAUAAACCCAUCGGAAAAACGAAACCAAUAUCGUUUAUUUUUACAACAAAAUAAAUGAAGUAAUUUACUAAUUAAUUUACUUCCUUAUAUGUA